CAGGGAUGAGACAUUUAUUUCUUUUCAGUACUGGAAUAACAAACUCAAGACUGUGGCUGUGACAGCACCUGAUAACAACGUGAACGUUCAAUUCAAACCUGCAACUUAAGAGCAAACCUACAUACCUAGCCUUAUUCUUUCCUGUCACCCCUGUGCUACUGAGGCCAACGUUGGCUUGUCCUUGCUUCCCGUUACCUUGUCUGGAAUCGAUCAUGGCUGAUGACUCUCAGAGAAACUUUCGGUCAGUGUAUUAUGAAAAAGUGGGGUUUCGUGGAGUUGAAGAAAAGAAGUCACUGGAAAUUCUAUUAAAAGAUGACCGGUUGGAUAUUGAGAAGCUUUGCACGUUUAGUCAAAGGUUUCCUCUCCCAUCCAUGUAUCGUAUACUGGUGUGGAAAGUGCUUUUAGGAAUUAUUCCUCCUCACCAUGAAUCUCAUGCUUUGGUGAUGAAGUACCGGAAGGAGCAGUACUGGGAUAUACACCAUGCUCUUCGUGUAAUUCGUUUUAUUAAUGAUUCUACCCCACAGGUAGAUGUUUUCCUCCGCAUACAUCAACUGGAAUCAGGAAAGUUACCUCGAAACUUGGCUUUUCCAUUGGAACCUGAAGAUGAAGUGUUUCUUGCUAUUGCUAAAGCAAUGGAAGAAAUGGUGGAGGAUCCUAUAGAAUGCUAUUGGCUUGUCAGUUGCUUUGUGAAUCAGCUGAACAGCAAGCACAAAGAUUCAUUACAACAACUGCCAAAAAUUCUGGAGCAGUAUUUGAACAUUGAAGAUAACAGACUCCUGAUGCAUCUGAAAGCAUGUGCUGCAAUGAGCAAACUCCCUUAUGAUCUUUGGUUUAAGAAGUGUUUUGCAGGCUGUUUACCCGAGUCCAGUUUACAGAGAGUUUGGGACAAAGUUAUUAGCGGGUCCUGCAAGAUUCUUGUUUUUGUUGCUGUGGAGAUACUAUUAACCUUUAAAAUUAAGAUAAUAGCACUGAAUACUGCAGAAAAGAUCAUGCAGUUUUUGGAAAAUAUUCCUCAAGAUAACACUGAUGCUAUUGUCAGCAAAGCUGUUGAUCUGUGGCGCACACACUGUGGGACUCCAGCACACUCAGUCUGAGAACUUUCUUCGCUUAUGACAGCUUGGAGGGGGCGGGGGGGACACACACGACAUUUGAAAAGACGUUACCACUCUUCCCCUAUCCUAGUGUGAUGUUCUUCAUUACCUCUUCUAUGUAAAGAUGCUAUUAAAGCAGCUGAUAGCAUAGUGAUCAAUAUGUAAAUAUUUUUCAAUAAAUACAGAUGGAACGAA